UAACGUCACUUCCAGUUUGUUGUUCGCUAGCAGGUGAGCGUUAUAAAGCGGACCAGUGGUGUGACUCAGGCGAUGUUGACUUCAUACACUUAUUUACUGGAAUGCAUUUCGCCGAGAAAAAAUAAUUGGUUUAUUUCAUAAAAGUGUCAGGUGUAGUAGAAGUGGCGGGGAUGUGGGAAAAACGCAAUGGGAAACGUUUUCGCCAGAAAAGGACGUCCAAGUCGAGUAACAGAGCAGGACCGGGCUAUACUGCAAUUGAAACAGCAGCGAGAUAAACUGAAGCAGUACCAGAGAAAACUCACUGUUCAAUUGGAGAAAGAGAGGUUUCUCGCCAAGCAACUGCUGAAGGAUGGGAAAAAAGAAAGAGCUCUUUUGCUGCUCAAAAAAAAGCGCUACCAGGAUCAACUUCUGGACAAGACUGAGACCCAGAUAAGCAACCUAGAGCACAUGGUCCAAGACCUUGAAUUUGCUCAGAUUGAGGUAAAGGUCUUGGAAGGUCUGAAGGUUGGCAAUGACUGCUUGAAGAAAAUGCAUGAGGCACUGUCUAUUGAAGAGGUAGAGAGAAUAAUGGAGGAGACUCAGGAUGCCAUCGAAUAUCAGAAGCAAAUCGAUGAGAUGCUGGCAGGCUCCCUGAGUCAGGAAGAUGAGGAGGCUGUGCUGGCAGAGCUGGAGGCUAUCACUCAGGAUGAAGAUGAAGUGCAACUUCCUGAAGUGCCCACUGAGCCCUUGCCUGCGGUGGCUGAGCUAGAGAAGGAGAGAGAACCAGUUAAAGUGAAGCAGGACGAAGGGAUUCUGUUGGCGUCGUAGCCGCCGGUCUUGUGAUACGGAUUGAUUAAUCAGCCUCUUAUAUAAAAAAGCCGAGCACGCUGUAAACACACUGUUCUUUCCUGUCUGCUCUUCCCAUGACUUUUCUUAAAAACAACACAUUGCAUGUCUGGCUUUAUUUAUUGUAAUGAAGGUUAAAAAAAAGUCUCAUUUGAACAGAACCUUUGAUCUUAAACAGAUCAUCUCAAUUCUCACUUUCUUAAGAUUCAUGUAUAACCAGAAAUUGGCUUUAUUUGUCUGACAUAAUUAUGAUCAUGGUGGACAUUUCUACAGCUGUCUUCAUGUGUUGUUGAUCUAGACAACCAUUACACAAUCUUGAGAUUUUGUUUACAGUUAGAACUGUGAAAUGAAGGGACUUCAAGUUAGACUCCUGCUAGGUUUGAAGUAAAUGAUCGAAUUUCCUUUGAUUAUGACUUUAGACUGUAUGUUACCCUGCAAUAUGUGCUUUUUUUUAUGUAAGUAAAAUCCAUGUCAUUGUGGAUGAAAUGUGUGUUUGGGACUUUCUACCCUACUCUAAAUAUCAUGCUGUAAUUAUAAGACCCCCCAGAAAGAUAUCUAUCCUUUGCAUCAAUUCUCAAAAUCUUUGUCUUUUGCGCCUUUUUUUUUUUUUAUGUAUAUAGAAUUUCCCUUGCAUGAAUUUCCACAGCUUUUCUGCCUGCAGUUAAGUAAGAACUAUUUAAUCUCCACCUUCAGACAUGAAUAUUUUUCCACCCACAAUCGGUUGUCCUUGACCGGUAAGCUGCUUUAUUUAUGAUUCUUUGCCAUACCACUGGAGCCAGUAUUCCUAUCAAAUGUUCAUAUUUAUUGUCAAGAUAAGAAAUGAUAAGCUUGGUCUCAAGACACAAACGCGGUUCAAUGCAGUAACAUGGAAAAAAAUGCAUGUUUAUUAAAGCUGAUUUGGGAAUGUCAAGAAGCACGCCUGCUUCAGAUGGUACUCCAUCAUACAGCUAACAAAAAAAAAAGCCUUUGAAGCUGUAGGAGGCAAAACAAGUUCAUAUUCAAAUUUCAAGCUGUUUAUUGCAUAACUUUUAUUCUUUGGGGAUCCAAACAUUUGCGAGUGUAAAUGAGUUCUUUCAGUCUCUUUACUUCAUCGCUACCAUAGCAACAACCGGCAGAAUUAAAUGUGAUGGUAUUGAUGUUACGUCCUUAGCCACUAAAGUGUCUCAUGACGAAUUGAAAAGUCCUUGAUUCUAAUGUCUGAGAGGCGCUUAACAAAAUAAUCAGCCGAUUUUGUUUCUCCAGUGUGAAGCACGUCUAAAGAGUAAGCCAAUAAGCCCCGAUCCAGCAGGGAUCCAUGAAGGAUGAUGCAUCAUGAUUAGUGAUUGCACAUACACAAGCAACUUUAAAAGCAACACCCACUACCCCUGCUCAUUCAUGCAAUUAUCUAAUCACUCAUGAUUAGAUGCGUAAAAUCAUAGAGAUCACAAUCAAAACAGGAUGUCAGGCAGUAGGUUCGAGUAUUUCAGGAGGUGGUGAUCAGGAAUUUUCAUACAAAACUCUCUAGAGGAGGCUCUUCAGGCAGGCGGAAACGCCCUGAUGAGAAAAGUCAAAAGAGAAUCGAUGGCUUGUUGAGCUGACAGGAACUCAGAUAACAUCUGUUUACAUCUGUCUUGAGCAGUAAAGCAUCUCAGAAUGCACAACAUGCCAAAGCUUGAGGCAGAUGAACUACAGCAGCAGAAGACCAUCUGAACCUACAGUAGACAGACACCAGCUCGUCUUCUUCCAUCAUCAUUUGAACUGAGAAGUGACCUCAUGUGUUCUCUCCUCUGACUUUAUAACUGUUUCUCCUUCCUCGUCAAUAUUAUUAUGCCACGGGUUGCUAUGGUUAUCGAACCUGUGGAGGCGGGGGAACGGGAACAGGUACUGUAAAGACAUGCCUUGUGGGCGGAGCUGAAGCAAGAAGGGGGCGUGUUUUCCAAGCUGAGAGAGUUGUCUGUUUCAAUUACCGCAGCACGGCGGGCGCUUCUCAGCUGCAGCUCCUGUAGAGCUAAAAGCGCGUAUUUCUCUAGUCACUACUGAGCUUGAUUCUAUUUUUUGUAUUGCAUCUAGGAGGCGAAAAAAAGAGAAAUCCCCCAAAAACGUGUUUCGGAUAACCAUUUUCUUAGAAGAGAGUGUUUAUGGUUUGGACUGAAGAUAUCACCAUGUCUCGUGCCGACGAGGUCCACCGCGUUACGGAGAAUGUCUACAAG